AAGAAGUAUAACCGUUUGAUGAAAACAAGAGGUAAAAGCCUAUUAUGUACAAUAAUAUUUAUUCAUAUACUAAGUCUGAGCUAUAAGCAGAGUUAUAGCAUUUAGCGUAGCAGUAAUAAUGUAGACAUACCGAGCAUAAGUCACCACCACCAUGAAUUUAGGAAACAUCCGCUAUCACAACCCCGCAUUUUAUUAUAUCAUCAUCAUCAUUAAGGUUUAGUUGACAGGAUUUUGAAUUUUGCUUUGUAUUUGCACAACUUUUAAAAAUAUUAUUAUAAUCCUCACAAAUAAUGCAUGCAGAUGGACCAAGCUUGA